UCUGCGUGUUUGUUGCACUUCUUAAAAUUGUGUGUGUUUAAAAUGUCUCCAUGGUGAUAAAUGCGUUCUGGCGAAUUAUUUUAAACCAAGACACAGCAUCGAGUUUCUGCUUCGCUACGGAUCAACAUCAUCUUUAUCAACUCUACACGAAGUGAACGAAGACUUCAAUCUUUAUCAACUGUACACGAAGUGAACGAAGACUUCAAUCUUUAUCAACUGUACACGAAGUGAACGAAGACUUCAAUCUUUAUCAACUCUACACGAAGUGAACGAAGAAAGUUGGGACGAAAACAGCGAUUUAUUUCGGAAGAUUUGUGCCAGAUAUGAAGAACUGGAUUCUGCGGGAGAUCGCCUGUGCUGCGGGGCUGUUCGUGCUCUCUGCUGGUGCGGGUUACUGCGUUUACCGCCGCUUGCGGAGAGGAAUCGCUCCUCCUGAGAACAUUCAGCCUCCUCACGAGCCUGAGAACGUGCUGGGAGACACUGUAGAUACUCCCUCUGUCCUCCAGGUUGUUGAGCAAAACCUCGAUCUGCUGCCCACCGAACCCCACGAUGAACCUUCAGCUGUCAUUCUGGAGAAAGAGGAGAGCUUUUUGGAGUUGGAUGUGCCCUUUAUUCGCGAGCAUCUUUUAGAGAGAGGGGUUACUGAUAUCGGCCUGAAGCUGUGUGCUCUCCGUAAGGCGUUCUCUACUCUGCUUGCCAGCAUCCACAACCAGAACUUCUUGUUUGUGGUGGGAAAGAAGAUCGUGAUGCGUCUGGCAGCAGCUAACAACCAGGAUGUGGUUGGUGUGCAGCUGGCCUAUGAGUCACUGAUUCAAUUCCUGAGAAGUCCACCUAAUCAGGAAUCGAUUGUGACAGAGCUCUUUGGGGCCCAGCUCCACCAUUACAACUUCAUGGACAUGUUUUAUGAGCUGCUUAUCUUCCGGUACGUCACGAACGACUCCGCUCCUGAGGCAUGUGAGGGAGGAUUCUUGGAGGGGCUGUUUGCGUUUAUCAGCAUGUGGAACCCAGACGAGUGGGAGCCUGCAGCAGAGCUGUACUUCACAAUGCUUAUUGAUCAGCUGACAGUGCUUUGUGAAGUACUGUUUUCUCAGCCCCUGGAGCUCUACAGCGACCCAGCAGCCUUAGCCAGUCCAGUUUCGCAGCUCCUCUGGCAGCAUGUCCCGCUGAUGAUGGACAUGUUGGAGAAGCUCUGAGCAAUGUCCUUCCCUCUACCCUUUACCUGAUCGCAACUUGAACACUUUCUUGCUAUAAUUAGACCCCCAAAAUUAAUCUUUUCUUUCUGUUGCAUUUCAUAUUUGUUCUUUUCGAUCACUGGUUUUCCCUACAUUGCUCAAGCUCUCCCCCAGUAAGUAUAAAUUCAUUUUGUUCUUUUUUAUUAACUUAAUAUUUAAAAGAGUCUCUUUUCUUCAUUAACAGGUCUGCACCGAGAACCCAGGACUGAAGACCAGUGCAACAUAUCAUCGCUCAUCCCUCAAUACUCAUCCCUCAGCACUCUAUCCCUAUACCCAUCACUAUUCCUUUUAGUAGCCUAAGGAUCCUGUAUAGAUGAUUGCUGUAAAUAAAUUGAUUUGUAAAUAGUUGUUACAUAGCGUUUAUAUUGUUUGCUCAAUUAAAAAAGGUUUUCAUUUG